AUGUUUCUGUCUUCGUUUAUUUUAAUCUCGUCCCUUUAUUUAAUUUUAUCUAUCUAUCUAUCUAUCUAUCUAUCCAGACAGACAGAUAAUCCCUUUAUUGUCUCUCUCUCUCUCUAUCUAUCUAUCUACUUAUCUGUCUAUCUAGACAGACAGACACAGACAGAUGAUCUAUCUAUCUAUCUAUCUAUCUAUCUAUUAAUAAAUAAAAUUAUUAUCAUAUUAAACUUUUUUAAAUCUCCUCCUUCUUCUUCUACCACUACUACUACUACUCUUUCUUCUUCUUCUUCUUCUUCUUCUUCUUCUUCUACUACUACUACUACUACUAUUUCUUCUUCUUCUACUUCUUCUACUACUACUACUACAACUCCUUCUUCUUCUUCUUCUUCUCCUCCUCCUCCUUCUCUUAAUACUACUACAACUUCUACCACUUCUUCUUGUUCUUGUUCUUCUUCCCCUGCUCCUCCUCCUCCUCCUCCUUCUUCUUCUUCUUUGUUCCGUGGCGCCAUUCUACGGAACGCUGGAGUGUCGGUGAUAAGCCAUAAACACGCCAACCUUUUCUUUUGUUCUUUUUUUUUCCUCCCCGUUUUGCUUGGUCUCCCUCUUCGCUCUCCUUUUCUUUUCACUUUUUCUUCUAAUCUCUCCUCUUUGUUCUUUUCUUUUCACUUUUUCUUCUCAUCUCCCCUCUUUCUCUUCGUCCACGACUAA